UGGCUCUUUAGCUUCGGCUUAUUCUACAUUGUAUUUCUGAGCUAGCCUCCCUCCAGGGUUCUUUAAUCCUCUAUCAAAAUCAUACCUUUGGCGUUUGCGGUGUUUCCACAAGCAGCAUAGCGCGGGGAUAAAUUGAAAGACUAGAUUUCAGGUAUUGGGGAAGCAAGAAAUUUUGGCUGGAGCAGUCGGUUUCGGUUGCAAGGAUUUCGUCUUCAACCUUUGUGUUUAACCAAACCCACAAGUUCUUUGAGAGUUGAGAUGCAGCAGCGGCAGCAAUACCACCACCACUUGGGUUUUGAAGAAUCACCAAGUGGAAGCAGUGGUGCUAGGGUGAGCUUAUUGAUUCGUCACCUUCCGGAAGCUAUUUCUGAGGAGACUCUGUUUCGGCUGUUGUCCCACUAUGGUGCUUCUUCUGUUCGCUCAUGCGCUGCUACUGGCCGGCUGAGAAACUGCGCAUUUGUGGAUUUCCAAAACGAAGGCUUGGCGUACCAGGCACAACGACAGUUAAAUGGGCUGAGGUUUCUUGGUAAGGUCUUGAAAGUAGAGAGAGCAGCCACCAAUAAUGAUAAGCCAUCACAGGCUGCUAACAACGAUUCUAUUUCUGUAAACCCCACUUCCAAACCAUCUUUGGUCCACAAUCCUACCAUCAAGAUAGAGGCUGAAAAAAUUGAAGUCUCAAGAUCAGAGCCCAUUGCUCCAAGGCUUGGUGUAGACUAUCCCUUUCCUCCUCACCUCGAGUACGCUUACCCGCCACCAGAUGGAAAUAUUCUAACCAACGUUGUAAAUGCUCUUAUAGCUGUACCUCGCUUUUAUACACAGGUUUUGCACUUGAUGAACAAAAUGAACAUACCAGCUCCAUUUCGUAUGGCUCUUCCCUCUCCACCACUACCACCUUCAGUACCCGUGCCACUUCCACCACCUCCCCCACUUCUAGCCGAAAAGCCUUGCUCGGCUGAUUUAUCAAGUGAAGAGUCAGAAAUGGAAUCUUCGGAUGAGGAAGUCAAGGAAAAAUCCUAUAGCAGAGCUUUUAGUGGACGGAAGCGUAUUAAGCGGGAAGCUAUUGUUGGUCCUGCAGUUGAUAAAGAUGUAGCUCAUGAAGAUGUUGGAUUGAAAUCGGCCACUCUUAUCCCAAAGGAGAUUCCAAUGAUAAAAAAGAAGAACCCUAUUGUACAGAUAAAAAUUGCACCCAAAGUUGUUGCUAAUGAAAAUAAAGAUGAUGGCAUUACUGAAGACUCAGAGCAUCCAGAAAAUGAGAGUGCAGAUAUCAACACUUUUGCGACUCCAGAAGAACUGGAAAAAGGAAAAUUGCCUCCAGAAGAAAUAUUAUCACUGCCAAUGUUUAAGAACUAUGCAGCUGGGAAUCCGGCCUCGGUGUUGUAUAUAAAGAACUUGGCAAAGGAUAUUGUUGCUGAUGACUUCUAUUACAUAUUUGGGUCAUUAUUUGGAAGCAUUGAUACAGCCAAAUCUGGUCUCAGCGUGAAGCUCAUGCAGGAAGGAAGAAUGAGAGGCCAAGCUUUUGUGACAUUUCCAUCAGUUGAACUAGCACAUUAUGCUUUGAAUCUAGUAAAUGGGUAUGUGUUCAAAGGCAAACCAAUGAUCAUCCAGUUUGGCCGGAAUCCUGCAGCUGGGAAAGCGAAUUAAAAUGGUGAACUAUCCGUGGACGUUCUGAAUUUAAUCCACCAUGCUAUCAGUUUACUGAAUUUAAUCACCUGCAACAUUGUGACUAAUCAGCACCCUCAGUUUACCAACAUCAACAGAUUUAUAUCAUGCAAUCAUAUUCUUCUCUUUCAGAAAUUGGCUGGGAGUGGGGUUUUCUCCAGAACUCCUCGAGCACGAAUCUCCGGUGGUGCAGAAGAAAGAAACUGUAAUAUGUUGCUACCCAUGCAACUAAAGUGGACUGAGAGCUGGUGGUUCUGAAAAGGUUGAAGAUACAUGCCCAGAUGGUCUCUACUAGGCAUCCUGCAUCAGCUCAAAAGUUUUCCACAUCAGAAUGCGUUUAAUUGACCGAUGCAGCUGUGAUUAGUUACCCAGAAUGUUGCAUUUGAUUUCAGUCACUAGAGGUUUUCUAGAAAGCCCUAAUGACAAAGGCAACAGCCAUUGUAGCUUAAAAGUUACCGCUGUAAUUUUUUGUGUCUGAGCUGUAUCCGACUUCCGGGCCCAAGAAUUUCUCCAUAAUUCUUCUCAUGUCUUGGACUCUUGGCUUAAAAGUUAAAACUAACAAGUAGAGAAAGUUGGUUUCAAAGGAGAA